UUUGUUUUCUUCACCAUUCGCCAUUUUAUUUCGAUCACUCUUACCGGCCUCACUUUGGACAAUCGGAUCAACACUUUCUUCCAGACAAGCCCUCAAAUUAUGUCUAAUCGUAAAAGUACGUUGGGACACUCUGUGUGUUCCCGAGCCCCUCGAUGCGGGGUUGGUUCUACGGCACAGCCUUCCCAACUAUCGACUCCAUCUAUUAUCCCUGCAACUUCUACCACAUCACUUGCACCUGUUCCUACGCCAUCACCUUCACCUACGCCUACUGAUCCAGAGGUUAUUGUUAGUCCAGAUCCUGAAAUGGUGCCACAAACCGACAAUAAUAACGAAAACAUAGAUCCAACAACCGUGAGAGAAGUCGACGCCGCGACUCACAUCGUGGUAGAGCAUCUUAAAUCUGGUACGGUCCAAACCCAUGUUUUUGCAUCCAAGGAUGGGAAACCUUCGCUGUUAGGGCAUACUAUUCCUGACACUACUAGUAAAACAUUUGCGACUGUCCUGGACAACAGGUUACAAGAGCUCAGCACUCUGGCCCAAGAUACCCUUGAGGCUUCUAGACGUGAAUCGUUUGAUAGACUGGAAGAUUUAAAAUUGACCAUUCAAGAAAAUGAUGGGCUUAUGGCAUCUCAGGUUGCACAAGUUGAGAUUCAGAUCAGAACAGAGGUCGGCCCAAAGCUCGAUAGGAUUGAGCAUUUGCUCCUUAGUCGUCCUCCUAAAUCUAAAACCCCAAGAUCACUUUCAAUGAAGAGCGUUUCCAUACGUUCGAUCGCCGAUGGUGAUCCGGAAGAGCCUGAGUACUCUAGAACAAGCCUUGAUCCCAUGGACCUUACUAGUACAGACGAAAUUGGAGACAUUGGAUCUGUAUCAAGGGCAUUAGGCCAAAAAGGAGGAAGUAGUGCCAAUAUCACUAACGCUGAUUCCUCUACUUCUUCCAAGGCCCAAGCCGACCUUGUUGUGUUGGAGAAACUUUCCAACAUCGAGACUCAAGUCGAUGCGCUCUGCAAGGUGGUCAUUGAUGGCCAGCUUCCGCUCGUCACGGAUCCAGCGGUGAUCCUCUCGAGUGGGAACGGUGUAGAGAUUGGGACUGCUGCGACCACAAGUAGCACUAUACGGAUGAACCAAGUCGGUUCGGAGACUAUGACUCGGUUCGGAGCCAUGAGAAACGAGUUACUUACCUUCCCGGACAUGCUAAAGAGUACGCAAACAACCAUGCAGGAGCUGAUUGAGACAUUUGCCAAAAACCAUACGAACUCUGAACCUACCAACGCUGAGUUGGUACCAGAAGCUGAUACUCAGCCCUUGCACCAUGAUGAACAUGGCCAAUGGCAAGCCAACGUCCUGAAGAUGGCGACUUCGCAUCAAGCUGGGCUCGAUGAUUUGGGCAUCCAAUUUCAAGUUAUGGAAUCGACUAUCCAAAGCGUGGACAAUGAAAUCAAGGACUGGAGAAAUUCAAAUAGGCUGUCGCUGCGAGUGAUAUUGAAAUACAUGUACUGGAUAUACAAACAUACCGAAAAGGUCGAUAUUAAGAUCCGCCAAGUGUUCGAUGAGAUCAAAAGCCAGAUCAAGGUAGAGCCGGAGCAGAGAGUGCAGUUCUCGGGCGACUUGGAUCAGAUGCGGACAGAGAUCCAAGCCGUCCUCACUGGCCUUCCGGAGAUGGUAGCUGACUUGCUCAAGCAAGCAAGCACACCAACAAUUGCAGCGGGAGGCUCUGCCAUUUCUGCAAGGCCAAGCGCAUCGACAGAGCCAGCCCUGACGGCAGCUCCAGAGCACCAAGUCGAACAAACCGAUAACGCCUCAAGGAUUGGUGAAGCCGCAUCAUUUCAGCCUAAUCCUCAAUCAGGUUUGGACUAUUUGGCUGCAACAAGGCCAGAAGGAAACCUUGCUCCUACCGCAAAAUCCGGAGGCUGGGAUUCAGUUGGCUCUGCCACCUAUUCUGCAUAUAAUGAGGCCUGGAACCCUGGUUUGACCAUAUCUGAGGCUGCAGCUCCCGUGGUCCCUCCAAGAGCUGAUAAGGAUAAUGUCGCUGGGGCUGUAUCUUCGGCAGAGAGAGCCGAUGCAGAGAACAGAGCACCUACUGCUGCUGCUGUUGAUGGGGAUAUUACCAUCGUAACAGGAGGUAAUGGACAGUCCAAUCCUACCUUAAGGCUAAUACAGGCGGUGGAGGACCUGCAAGCUAGUGCACAAUACAUGAUUUCAAAGUACGGCGACCUUUUACGAUCCAAGACCAUACAGCCGACCGAGGCUUCUUCUGUAGGCGAACCAGUUGCCACUAACGUCACAAGCGCGCCUGGGGGGACUACAACCGAUACCUCCCCACCUGAAGCUUUCGAUACAUCCGAACUACUGUCUCACGAGGAAUCUCUAGAGCGGCGAACCCGCGCUGUAGAAGGACACUCUAUAUGGCAAGGUAGCUCGAACCCAAGCGAGAAGCAAGCUGGGAACUCUGGGCCUAGGGGGACAAAAGCCUCGCCGGCGCCAGGUUACCGCAGGGUGUCACCAGCGACGCUUAGUGGCGACCCUGCACAUGACAAUUCUACUAACGCUGGUGGCGUUGCUGCCACUUACACUGUUGACACUAGAACUCCAAUUGAUAGGAGCGAAAUACUUGAGAGCAUUGGAAGGGAUGGAAGUGAUACUUCAGAGCCUGCCCCACUGUUUGGAAUGCAUCGAGAGCUCCAUGAUGAACUUGAAUCCAUGAAUAGAAACAUGACAGAGCUUUUAAUGGUCAUUACCAAUACUACAAGUAGCCUGUCUCAAGGCCAGAUCCACCUUGAAGAGGCUUUCAGACGAGAGCUCAAUCGAGUCCUUCCAGUGAUGCGCCCGGCAGAGUCGGAAGGCAGUCGAGCCAGAGCAGAGGCAGAACGCCGUGAAGCGUAUGAUCGAAUUUCAAUGAUACCAAACUUGAUGACUUCACUCGAGAGUGUAAAUUUCCAUCAUUCCUGCAAGCUUGAUGAUGCGCAAAAGGAGAUUGAAGAAAUCAAGGCGCUUAUUGUAACGCUGGAAACUAAGAUCAUCAACUGCCAUGCAGAUGUGCAGAGCAUAUUGCAUGGGUCCAUGGAGGACUCUUCAACGCUUGCGCUUGUGAAGCAGCAAAUAGAGACUAUUAUUAGUGACCAAGGGCCCUCAAGUGGUAUGUUUGUGAAGUCACAGACGCCAGAGGUCAUGCAAGCAGCAGCCAGCAUUACCGAACUUAUGGCGAUCAAUGAACGGACGCUAUCCUAUCAAGAAGCCCAAGGAAAACUGCUUCAAGACUUGCAGACGAAACAUAGAGAAGGAUGGGAAGAGUAUCACGAAAAAUAUGGCCCAAGUGUACUCAGCUUCGAAAGCUGGCAUGACAAGUAUGAUAAAGAUAUGCGAGAGUUUGAAGAAUGGAGGCGUAUUCACCAAGAAGAAAUUCAAGAGUGGCAAAGGAAACAUGCCGAGACAAUCGAAGCGUGGCACAAUUUACAUGGCAAGCAGUUAUCAGAGCUCGGACAAAAGCGCUGCUGUCAUGGCUGCCCUCCCGCACCCGCUUCUUUCCCUUCAACGCCAAGCGCUAUCCAAUCCGGAGCUCAGGUCGACCGUGGAAUGGCUCUAGGCGCUAGCACCGAUGCUAAACCCAAGGCCAGCGAGAAUAGUGGCCAUGUUACUGAUGCUAUACUAGAAGCUAGCUUAUCUGAUACAAGGGGGGAGGGCGCUGAUGUCGUGGCUGAUGACUCAAUGGCCUCUGGGACAGCGGAUUCUUACAGAUGUCCUUGUGGUGCAAUAUCCGGAGACGGGUCCGAACCAACCACUGAAACGAGCACCACAAGAUCCACUAUACAGAGCGCCAUUGAUAUGCUUCGGAGCAUUCUGAAAAGAGGAGCAGCUACAACAAGCCAAAACUACCAAGGAGAAUUGCAGCCUACAGUAGAAGCGGGGACCGAAGCGAACGCGGAAGUAGCUGUAGCUGAUGAUUCCAAGACUAGAAAAAAUGCCACUGUUAACUCGAUAGAGCCAGUUCCCCAAAUCGAUAAUGAAGCUGGCGAAAACAUCGGCCAUUCCCAGAAUGAUUUCAGGUCCAGUAGUCAUCCCACACACCAAAGUGCAUUACCAAAAGAGCUGUAUGACUUUCUUAGGCCUUAUUUCCAUUCAGAGCCUAUUCUCGUCGAUAACGCACCAGCUGCUUCACGAAAUGGCGGAGCCACAGUUAUUGGCCCCACCGCUAUCACUACUACUCGAGACCCUGAGGAGUUUUCAGCACCCGGUCAAGAGCCCUCGGACCUCCAAGAACAGUACUUGUUCAAAGCACGGGAGCCUCGCGGGAACGAAGGCAAUGUGAGUCAGAUGAUGGCCGAGCUAUUGGAUAAAGACCGAGAAAUUACAGCCAUCCUUGAAGAUAAAUAUAAAAAAGAAAACGAAUUUUAUGAACAAGUAAUGGCAAAAGAUCGGGAGAUUGCUCGUUUGAAAGAAAAGUAUGAAAACACCAAGGAGAAGCUGAAAAAGGCCAACGCGGAUAUCAUCAAACUCUACCGUGAGGGCCUUGGUUUGAGUACAGGUGUAUCUGCCGAAGAAUCAGUCGCAUCUCAGCAAGGUGAUGCCUCGUCUUCCAAGAAAGCUGCGGACGAUGGAUCGGAGAGUGACACAGAUUCAGUCGAGAGCGUUGCGAUUCCUCGUUAUAGCUUGAUGACUGAAGCUGCAGAGCACCUUCGCCAGACUUUAGAGGAGACUAAGUUGCAGAGAGCUGCCCUGAGCCAUGAGGUUGGCGUACUAGAGAUCAAGCGAAAUCAGAUGUUAGAGGAUAUUGCCAAUAUGGAAGGUCGGCUUGUUUCGUCCAAAUAUGCUCAAGACCACCAUCUGGUAGGUGAGCCCAUUGGACGUGGUACUCGCACCCAUCGUACAGAAGUUGCACCUACUGACAAGAAUGAAGAUGAUGAAGAACGUAUACGUUCUCGACCAAGAGGUCGGGGUGAUGGAUCGUCCUCGACUGCACGUGCACACUCGACUGUCCGACAGCAGAGGCACAGGUCCGCAAUGGGACGACGUGGUUUAUCCCAAUCUAGGAGCCACGGGGGAGUACAGCGUACGGCUCAUGAGGAAAGAGUUCCUCAGUUGGAAACAGAUAUCAAGAUCCGUAAGGACGGUGGUGACUGUGAGACGCUGCUCUCCGCCAAGACUCUACUGACGCAUGAGACCUUUGAGAAGAUCCGAUCAUCGAGAGCAAUUGAUAAGGGUGCUGACGAUGAAGAUGAGUCUGGAGAAAUGUGGUCUUUGGCUUGUGACUUUAAAGUCCGGAUGGUAUCUGCUCCAUAA